GACGCCAAGAGCCGCUUUUUUUUCUAGUGUAAUCAGUUCGCAUCGCCGCUCUUAGCCGGCAUCAGUCAUACAGCAACCAUGGCCUCUCCGAUACCCCUCCAGAAGAUACAAGCGCCUCUCCGGCGCACCCUGGCGCGAUCUUCGGUUUUCUCAUCCCGUACUUACGCCACGAUCCCGUCCCCUUCGGACCCGACGGCACGACCGGCAUCGGCUGGCAGCGAACCCACCACCACCGCCCCGACCAAGCCCGCGCGCCCGACCUACUUCAAAAACACCACCCUAGCCUCCUUCAGCGACUUCCUCCCCACCUCGCCCUCCGCGCCCCUCCCGCCCAGCGAGGCCUACGCCCCGCGCACCGCCACCGUCGGGCCCGAGGGGCGCAAGCGCACCAUCACGCGGCUGCCCGACUGGCUCAAGACGCCGAUCCCCUCGGCCGGGGCCAACCCCAACUUCGCCAAGAUCAAGGCGGACCUGCGCGGGCUGGGCCUGCACACGGUCUGCGAGGAGGCGCGCUGCCCCAACAUCGGCGAGUGCUGGGGCGGCAGCAGCAAGGCGGCCGCCACGGCCACCAUCAUGCUCAUGGGCGACACGUGCACGCGCGGGUGCCGCUUCUGCUCCGUCAAGACGAGCCGCACGCCGCCGCCGCUGGACCCGCACGAGCCCGAGAACACGGCCGAGGCGCUCGCCCGCUGGGGGCUCGGCUACGUCGUCCUGACGAGCGUCGACCGCGACGACCUGCCCGACGGCGGCGCCAGGCACUUUGCCGAGACGAUCCGCAAGAUCAAGGCCAAGAAGCCGACCAUGCUGGUCGAGGCCCUGACGGGCGACUUUGCCGGCGAUCUCGACAUGGUCCGGAUCGUCGCCGAGAGCGGCCUGGACGUGUACGCGCACAACGUCGAGACCGUCGAGGCCUUGACCCCGUACGUGAGGGACCGGCGGGCCACGUUCAGGCAGAGCUUGAAGGUGCUGGAGCACGUCAAGGAGGUCAGGGGGAAGGAGGGGAUCAUCACCAAGACCAGCAUCAUGCUGGGUCUGGGCGAGACCGAGGAGGAGAUCUGGGAGACGCUGAGGGAGCUGAGGAAGGUGGAUGUCGACGUCGUCACCUUUGGCCAGUACAUGCGGCCCACCAAGCGCCAUCUCAAGGUGGAGCGCUAUGUCACGCCCGAGGAGUUUGAGAUCUGGAGGCAGCGCGCCCUGGACAUGGGCUUCCUGUAUUGCGCCAGCGGUCCCCUCGUCCGGUCGUCCUACAAGGCCGGCGAGGCGUUCAUUGAGAACGUGUUACGGAAGCGGGCCGGCGAGAAGGCCAUGGCGGCAGAGAACCUUGGCCAGGCCGUAGCGGCCGAGGGGGGGAGUAGCAAGGCUCUGUGAUUCUUAUCCGUCGGAAGGCUUUUCAACAUCUUUGGGGAUGGCGUUUCACACACCAUUCGCGGUAUAGACGGGAUUCGCGCGGUAUUGCAUUGGACAGGACGGCGUUUGGGAACGGUCUUUAAUCAUUUGCCUCUACUACUGUA